UAAAUAUCCCGAUCAUAUCAUAUCUUGGAAAACCCUAAGACUACCCAAGGCUGUACCCUACAGUGUUACCUAUAGUCUAUACUUGUGUAUACGUUGCCUUCUGGGGUGGCAAGCUAGAACCAAGUUUUCUAGGUAUCAAUUCCAAUUUAAGUCAAUGAUCCUCAUUUUCUCCAACAUUAAGAAGAUUAUUGGUAAGGUGACCAACCAUCACGCAGGAUUCCGGGUCGGAGUAGCACCUCUUGCCUGAUAUAUACAGGUCGUUACUGGCGAUUCGUUUGUGCCCUAUGGUGUUCAAUUGCCCGUUUGUUCCCUCCCCCUUGGGACGGGUCAACCUACUUUGCCCGCUCAGGCGCUCCAAAAUGCUCUGACUAGACCGCCGACACCCAUGAUUUGUCCAUCAUUCAAAAUGGCAUUUCGUAAGGGCUCAUAAGGUAGGAGGAAUCACAGAUCCUCCGUGCACUUUCGCCUAGAGUUAGUUUUAUUUUUCACUACUGUCUGAGUGGUGGCUAAACCCUGAAACUUUUCCUUGAAAUGAAAUAAAGAUCUAACUUUAUUCCAGUAGUGGUUUCUGCAAAUGUAAAUAAUCUUGUUGAUUAACACCCACUUUCCAUACCCUGCAAUUCAGAGGCCAUCACCUCUGGUCUUUUAGUAACAUAUCAGUAAACAAGGCUCUCCUCGUGUAGCUUUUUGUUCUCGAGGAAGAAAAUCUCAUUGAUUACUUAGAAUGCCGGAUGAAGCAAGUUACAGCAUUGGUUCUUUCGUGAUUCACGUAUAUUGGAAAUCUCUUUCUUUAGGAAAUGGGAUGGCAUUCAAUUCUAACUUAGGGAUUCUCUUCUUCCUGAACAUUCAUGAAAAGAAGGACUCUGGCUUUAAUGCUAAAGUUUAGUACUGGGCCGAGCGUACUUACCUACUUAGACAAGAGGGAUACUUAUAGAUCUCUAUGAGCGUAAGGCAAAGUGGGCAAGACUACUUCCACAACUACAUUUUCGCUUAAGCAGGACCUGUGAGACCUCGAAGCAACCGUCUACUACUAGUUAUAGAUGCUAUUUCUAAUUGAAUAGAAUGGAUGCUUCACAGCGGUUCUGCGACAGGCAGGGCAGCCGGGUGAACAUAGGCAGCUGUUCCUAUAGAACACAAGUCUUUCUCUAAAGCACGACCUUCCGAUUGGACUACGUCUGGUCUCUAUCCUUUUUAUUCCUAAAAUGGGUCCUCGAUCAAAAUGAUCUGGUGUCUAUGUCCAUGCCUGAGGUUGGUAAACCCUAUAUCUAUUGCGGGGUGGUUUGAGGAAGGGACAGCUUGUAACCCACGACUUACUACUACGAAGAUUCUGGCGGAGAGCUUUUCACAUAUAGAUAGGUCGGGAUGAGGAAGCUCCGUAGUCAACUAAUAGAUAGAAAAUCCACCUUGUGAACCGUGUUUGUCUUAAAGUACUGUCUGAGAAGGAAUAUACCUGUUCCAAUCCCUCUAGUGGCUAUACUGAUUGACAUAGGUAGCUUUCGUAGUCAAAGCUCACAGGGCCAAAUGCUCUAUUGGAGUGGGCACGAACACACACAAUCAAGGUUCGAAGAACUUCUACUUCACGCCUUGAGGAUUCUAUGACGCUCACUCAAUGGUGUUGUGGCGAUUGCAAGCAAUCAAUAAACGAGGAAGCCAAAUUAUGGAUCCAGGAAGGCUGCAUCAGAAGGAAGAGUAGGUGUUGCUAUGCCGUUGGCUGGGACUGAGACAGAGAGAGGGGAGCAUAGCCCCUAUGAUCCCGGUAAAGAGUUCCAACUAAGCUCUUCUCAGGUUCUUUCUUUCUCUUCCAUUCUUAUGUUUAUAUAUUAAAGUGUAGUUUUCUUACUGAAAUAUAAUAAUAUUAAUCUAAUAUGCCCAUUGGUGUUCCAAAAGUACCUUACCGGAUUCCCGGAGAUGAAGAAGCGACUUGGGUUGACUUAUACAAUGUUAUGUAUCGAGAAAGGACACUUUUUUUUUUAGUUCACUGCCCUAUACAUAGAAAGAAGUGCUUUUCCACCGGUAUCAACAUUCUAUCUGGAAUCAGUAGCGAUAAUUGUUGUAUUGUGAGCCAGCCCCGUAAGACACUACGCACCUCCAAAUUCUAUAUGAUUUUUCCAAUCAUUUCAUUUAUACGACCUGCAAAUAAGAUAAGAUCUUGGCUCGCCCUACAAAAAAACAACUAUAUGCCCUAUAAACUUGCUUCUUCGAAUCUCGAAAUAACAUAUAGAAAGUGUUUCUGUGAUGAGACCAUUCUCGAUCGAUAAAUGCGAUAGGAGCCUAUGUGUUUCACGGGCAGCCGGCCAAUAGGGGAAGGUUGUGAAUCCGGCGAACCGACCGCUUUAAGAACGUGAUUGUCUUCUCUCACUCAGUUAUCAAUUGACAAAGAUGACCCAUUCUUUUUCGCCCUAAAAACGACAAUGGUAUGGUACUUUUUCUUCAAAUCGAGAUUGUGUGGGUGUCCGCUCAUGUUCACGUUACAUGCUAAAUCAGGCUUUCCUUGGAAAAACCAAGGACAACCCCUAUCUCAGUCUCCUUUCCUUUCUCUUUUCGGGAGCAGAGCUGAAAAAGAUGGACAGUAACGAUCGCGUAAUAUCAAUUUAUCGGCCUCGUCAUCGAAAGCGGCUUCCAAUUGCUCGGAAAUUCUCAGCUAUAUGGGGGACUUUGAUGGUGAGCAAAAAGAAUUGAUCAAGAAAUUGGUAAACUUUCGCAUGAUCGAUGGUAAAAGAACGAGAGUUCGUGCUAUUGUUUAUAAAACUUUUCACCGCCUAGCUCGAACUGAACGCGAUGUAAUAAAACUUAUGGUUGACGCCGUAGAUAAUAUAAAGCCAAUAUGCGAAGUGGUCAAAGUAGGAGUCGCAGGUACUAUUUAUGAUGUUCCUGGGAUUGUAGCCAGGGAUCGUCAACAAACCUUAGCUAUUCGUUGGAUCCUUGGAGCAGCUUUCAAACGACGUAUAAGCCACAGGAUAAGCUUAGAGAAAUGUUCAUUUGCUGAUAUACUGGAUGCUUACCGAAAGAGGGGAAUUUCACGUAAGAGAAGGGAGAAUCUUCAUGGACUGGCUUCCACCAAUCGGAGUUUCGCGCAUUUCAGAUGGUGGUAAAGUGAUACCACAUAAGGAGCUCUUCCUCAUUCAGUCAUACUCA